AUUUAUUUACAAAGCCCGAGAAGGAGUGAAUGAGAGAAAGACCAAUCCAGAACACACAAAAUUCACAAAAGACAUAUUUACGUACGAAUCGGUUUGCUUUAUUCUCUGAUGGUUGUUGAUGCUUCUUUUCCAAUACCUUUGAAAAGAAGAAAGUUCACAAGCAUUGAUUCCAUGGAGGCUGAAACUGCUAAGGCCAAGUUUGCAGCUAUUCAAGAAAAAUUAGGACGAGAAAUUCGUGUGUUUGAAACAUCAGCACUUUCUCCGUCCUCAAAUGAAGUGUCCAACAGUGAGGAGACAGAUGACUUCUAUGAGUUCACAGCAGAGGAUUAUUAUCGCAUUUUAGCAACGAAAAAGCAAGAUAAAUACUUGAAAACACGAAAACUUCGAGAAGCAGAAGAGGCAGCUCGCAGGUCAAAAAUAACAAAGGCUGUAAUUAGGAUUCGCUUUCCUGAUAAUCACACGUUAGAGGUCACAUUUCACCCAUCUGAAACAAUUCAGAGCUUGAUUGAUCUUCUCGUGAAAGUGGUUGCUCGACCUGAACUACCAUUCUAUAUAUUUACAACUCCUCCUAAGAAGCAAAUAAAAGACAUGGCACAGGAUUUCUUCAGUGCUGGCUUUGUUCCUGGGGCAAUAGUGUAUUUUUCAUAUGAUCUACCAAAAGGUGAUGUUGAUGAUACAACAGAUGCCAAUUCAGGUCCCUUCCUACAAGAAGAGAUCGUGUCUUUGAAAGGGUUGGAACUCAUUAUUGAUCAGGGGCAGCAGGCAGAACCUGCUCAGUCUGCACCGGAACCUGUAACAGCAGCACCCUCCCCCGUGGUCCAAGAACGGAAGCCUGCUGAGAAAAAAACUGUUAAGCCAAAGUGGCUGAAAAUGUGAUGUGGCUGACUCUGGAGGUCAGCUCCUUGUUCCUUUGUCGAACUUCCAUUUUCAACUGGGGUGAUUUCUGUUCUUCUCAUUAUGCUGAUUCUGGGUUUAGGUUUGGUUACUGCAGGCAAGCUUCUACAUGUGACCUUGCUAGUAGUUGAUGUAAUUACUAUCACCCUUGUCCUUCUGUUAAGGUUAUUCAUACUCAUACAGUGGCAGGGUUGUUGGAUGAUGGAUUUUUUCGUUUUACUUGUAUCUUCGAAACCAAGUUUCGUUUCGUUUGUCAA